AUGUUUGUCAGAUGUGGCAAAGCCUUUAUCAAUAUUGGAGACCUCAAUCGACAUAAACAAAUUCAUACAGGAGAGAAACCAUACAAAUGUGAGGAAUGUGGCAAAGCCUUUACCCAGAGCACACACCUUACUCAACAUAAAAGAAUUCAUACUGGAGAGAAAUCCUACAAAUGUGAGGAAUGUGGCAAAGCCUUUACCUGGUGCUCAACACUUACUCUUCAUAAAAGAAAUCAUAGUGGAGAGAAACCCUACAAAUGUGAAGAAUGUGGCAAAGCCUUUACCCACAGCACACACCUUACUGAACAUAAAAGAAUUCACAGUGGAGAGAAACCCUACAAAUGUGAAGAAUGUGGCAAAGCCUUUAACAAGAUUGGACAUGUCAAUCGACAUAAAAGAAUUCAUAGUGGAGAGAAACCCUACAAAUGUGAAGAAUGUGGCAAAGCCUUUACCCAGAGCACACACCUUACUCAACAUAAAAGAAUUCAUACUGGAGAGAAACCCUACAAAUGUGAAGAAUGUGGCAAAGCCUUUAUCAAGAUUGGAGACCUCAAUCGACAUAAACGAAUUCAUACAGGAGAGAAACCCUACAAAUGUGAGGAAUGUGGCAAAGCCUUUACCCAGUGCAGAAAACUUACACAACAUAAAAGAAUUCAUAGUGGAGAGAACCUCUACAAAUGUGAAGAAUGUGGCAAAGCCUUUACCCGGUACACACACCUUACUCUGGAUAAAUGA